UCACUCAUAUCUCCACAACCACCAUUCCAUACCAGAGAAAUGACUGCUUAUGGUGCUGUGCUUUCUCUUGAGAAUACAAUUAACAAUAUUCUACGUUGUUCUCGUUUUAGCCUCGUUGAUCGCUCUCGAAAAAUCAUAGAUUUCGUGUACCAGGAGUUGCAUCCAUUGCAAAGAAUUCUAGAAAGAUUGGACUCGACAAGUCCAAGCAGGAGCAGGAAGAAGGUGAAUGCUUUGGAUGGAAUUAUCAAAGAUGCAAUUUGGAAAUUUGAAGACUCAUUGGAAUCUCUUCUCAUUCUGCAGAUUCCUUCACAUUGUGAAAUUCUCCCAGAGAUUGUCUCCAUUGAUCUGCAGAGUCUGGAUAAUGAUGUUCAUUCCUUGAUCGAGAAGCUCGAGGUUAUGGAGGAGUACACUUAUGAGGUAGAGAAUAUGGCUGAAGACGAACCUAUUUCCUCAAUAAUUGGCUUUCAUGGAACCAACUCAAAGAUUAUUGGAUUAUCAGACCAAUUCCGAAUACUCAAAAUCCAACUUCUGAAAUGCCAGUUCAGUAAUGUGUACGUGCUUUAUGGAAUGGCAGGCAUUGGAAAGACCGCUCUUGCAAUCCAAAUUUACGAAGAUGCAAAAAUUCAGAGCAAAUAUGAGUGUCGCGCGUGGGUUACUGUAGGCAGAGUACCUCAACCGACCAGUCAAAUUAAACGAGGUGUUCUAGCUCAGCUGUGUGGAAUUGCACAGGGAGAUGAAGAAAUUAGUGAUUACUGCUUGGAAGAAAGUCUCCAAGGCAAAAAAUGCCUCAUUGUGUUGGAUGAUGUCUGGGACACAGAGUUGAUAACAUUCUUGGUACGUCACUUUUAUGAACGCCUAGGGGAUAUCAGUAUCAUGAUAACUGGUCGACAUCGAGCAUCUAUGUGUUUUAGAACGUAUCAUCUCCCACACCAUAUUGUUUCUUACAAUGAGGUGCGGUUUUUGACUGAAGAAGAGAGUAUGGAACUACUAUGUGAGAAGGUGUUUGGCGAUGAGAUUUGCCCUCCUCAACUUCACAAAGCUGCCACCAAAAUUGCCAAGCUCUGUGAAGGUCUCCCUCUCUUGAUACUCACUGUUGCUGAUAUCCUGUCAAAAUCUGAGCAAAAUAGAGAUCCAACGUACUGGAAUGAAGUAGCAGAAAGGAGAAAUUCAGUCUUCACAGAUGCAUAUAAUCGCAUAUCAAAGGUACUUUUCCCAAGCUACGAGUACUUACCUCAACGUCAUAAAAUGCCUUUUCUGUUUAUGGGAGUUUUCCCUCAAGAUUAUCACACCCCUCCUUCCAAGAUCAUUGAUAUGUUGACUGCUGAGGGGUUGUUACCCAAUUUAAGCAAAUGGUUGAGUAUGCUAGCUACCUUCUACAGUCUUGUUUUAUACACUGUAAAGAGCGUGAACAAAACUUCUCAUAAUGUAUUCACUUACGACUAUAAAACUUGCCGGCUUCAUUCUACAUGGCGGCACGUGUGCAGAGGAGAAGCUAGUAAGAAAAAGUUUUAUCAUGUCCUAAACAAGCUAGCUGAUGCCUCUGAAGAAAGUCUAAAAGGUCAGCGUGGCUUAUGUCUCGAAAACAACAUGUUAUUUGGCAUCAAGGAGUUUUGCAACUUAGUGAGAUUGAACUCUGCAUCCUCUGCACGUUUUCUCCUUUUCUAUGGUCCUUACCACCAAUAUCCAAUCCCUAUAGAUGUUGGUUUCACGUUGCUAAGGGAAAUAGAUGCUCUUACACAACGUUUCUAUACUUUCCCAAUAGAAAUUUUAUCUCUAGUCCAACUAAAGUACCUUGCUCUAAAAUGCAAUGGAGAACUCCCUGCAACCAUAUCCAAACUUUUCAACCUUCAAGUCUUAAUUAUCCGUCCACACAUGAACAUUAGACGUCGUGGAGCUCCAUCAUAUGUUCCUAUACAAAUAUGGGAGAUGCAAGAGCUAAAGCAUAUUGAGAUAUUGGGAAAGAGCCUUGCAGUUCCAUCUAAUAUUGCUCAACUGGAAAAGCUCGCGACACUUGUAGGUGUGAAUGCUAGCAUUUGUACUAUCACGGAACUCUUCAAAAGAAUUCCCAACAUACAGAAAUUAGGAAUACAGAUUGAGCAAACGCCGUAUGGUGACCAUAACGAUCUUUUGAGUUGCUUUCGUUGCAUUUCAACGCUUCAAAGUUUGAAGACACUCAAAUUCAGUAUCACAAAUCCUGUGGUCAAGCAUGGUCGUGUUUUUCCGGUGACUCCAGGGUCAUUGAAGUUGCCACCUGAUUUGAGAAAGUUACAUUUGAGUGGCAUGGGUUUUCCUUUGGAAUAUAUGGAUGUCAUUGGCUCUUUGCCAUUUCUUGAAGUGCUCAAAUUGCGCUCGUACGCCUUUCAGGGUUCACGGUGGGAUGCACAAUGGGACAGUUUUCGUUCGCUUAAGUUUCUUCUUAUUGAAGAUAGUGAUUUGGUGCAAUUGAAACUAUCCGGAAGCUCCAAUAAUCUUAAUUACUUAAGCAUGAAACAUUGCUACAAACUAAAAGAGAUUCAUAACCCUGCUUCUCUGUACCUAUAUGUAUGUGAUGUAGAGAUCGAGUUGGAGGACUGCAAUCCUUUAGCCUUGACUUGUGUCAGCCAAUUACGGCUGGGAGAUCUUAAUACACUUGAUGUUAUUGCCUCUUCUUCUUUUUACGAGAAACCAACAACUAUCAGAAUUCGAAGGCUUGGAAUCGGCAAGUUACGCAUGCAGGAGGAAUGGGAAGUUGAGGAUUUAAACGAAGAUUAUGAUUUUGAAGGCAAGGGUGAUGAUGAGUAUACAAAUACAAGUGAGGAAGAGAGUGAUGGUGAAUACACUGUCUGAUAAUGAGGAUACAGAAGGCGACGGUUCUGAUGAAGAUAUUUCCAUCGAGGAGAGGAUGAUAGAGGCGAGGGCGUGGAUGAGGAUACAGAUGAAGAGGAUGUGGCGUAUGAUGAAUUGGAAAUAGAGACAAGCGCCAACGUCAAGGAGGAUCAUAGGAGUGUGACUUAAUGGGGCUGUUUGAGGAGAGGAGUGUUGAAGAAAGUGAACAGAAGUGAUGUAGUCCACUUUUGAUUUGAAGGAGAGCUAUUUGAGAUUUUGAAUCUGAUGCUACAAAGUGAUACACAUGAAAAUCAAAGAAUGAAUUUGCUCAAUACAUUCAAGAUAUUCUACAGUGAUUUUUGGUUUGAUUUCCAUUGAAUGAAUCAUUAGUGUUGUUGUAUUAUUGGGUUGUCAGUUGAAUUUAAGUACUGUAACUUUUGUUGGAUUCUUUUAAGGAUCAUAAGUUGAGGGGAGUAUGCAUGGAUUGACAAUUAUUAUGGGUUGAAUUUGAUUGAAAGUAUCACUUGAGCAUUUGAAAUAAGGUUGAUGAGCAUGGAUAAGGAGGUUGAAGGUGAAGAACACUGCAGAUUUUUGGGAAGCCAUUGUAACAGGCUUACAAAAUGUGUUCUGUUUCAGAUUGUCCAAACGAAAGGUUUCUCUUGUUUCCUUUAACCAAAAAGAUGUGACCCCUGAAAACAUAUAAAUUAUUGUUUCUUGUUCAAUUUUAAUAUUGUACAAUGUUCAUUACUAUAGUUCCAACAACAAAGAUGAUGAUGAUGAUGAGGAAGAGGAGGAAGAUCCAGACGAAGUCCGUGAUUUGAAGGUACUAUUAUACAUGGGAAUAUUUUGCAACAAUUAACAUUAUAUUGUAGUACUAGCUUUGCAGGAUCAUAAGGAGACACAGGAUGAGGAUUGUGAUGAAAAUUUUCCAAUGAUGGAUAUUUAUAGGUUGUUGAAUCUCUGAUGCCACAAAGUGAUAAACAUGUAAAUCUAAGUAUGGAUCUUAUCAAGCAAUAUAUUGUCAUUUUAAGUUUUGUAAA